GUGUGGACUUGUGGGCCACAGGCUGCAGCUUCGCAGAGUUGAUCUCAGUGGCCGCGGAUGCCCUGUUCCCCGGGGGCAGCGACCUGGAGCAGCUGUGUCUCAUUUUCCAGGCGCUCGGAACGCCUGAUGAGGAAGACUGGCCGGAGAUACGACAUCUUCCGGACUAUUCCAAAGUUUCUUUCAAAACGAAACCGCCCAAUCGACCAGACUUGUCUCCAGCGGCAUCGGCCGACGCCCAAGAUUUGCUGUGGUCAUUUCUGCGCCUCAACCCGCGCCAUCGACUGAGCGCACGGGAGGCACUAGGUCACCAGUUCUUCCUCGGCGGUGCCCCAGCUGUGCCGGCACCGGCGAUCGUCGCAG